GCGAAGCCUGUGAUUGGACGAGCUGAGAGCUAAGGAAGAAGUACAGUGUCUAUGUCAAUGUGAACAGUUCAUACAGCAUUGGAUUGUGGCUCAUGUUGUGACAGUUUUAUCGUUAUAUUGUGUUGGCACGUUUAGGAAACAUGGCUUGUUUCUUUAGAAGGAUAAUAGCAGAAAAGCUGGGUAGGACGCUGCAGCACUCUGAGGACGCCUUCAUACCAGCUCUGUCAGCAGUGCCCCUUUUUAAGAAACAGCAGACUCCUGACUUCAAGCUGUCAAUCAGCUCCUUACGAAGCAGUGGGAUUUUACCAUCCAGUGCUGACAUUCAGCAGCAGACAGAAGACUUGGCCAGUCAGUUGAAGCAGGACAGUGUGGUGGAAGACAUAUCUGCUGGAUCUGGAGUGAUCAACUUUAAAAUUAAUCGCAAACUUCUUGUCCAGAAAAUGUUGGAGCCAUUUGGAAAGGAGGAGGAUGAGAAAUUUGGGUUAAAUAGUGAACUUUUCAACACUCUUAAGAAGGGAACAACAUUAGUUGAGUACAGCUCUCCAAAUAUUGCCAAAAAAUUCCAUGCUGGACACUUGCGAUCUACAAUUAUAGGUAACUUCAUCGCUAACCUAAAGCAGUCACUCGGAAACAGUGUUAUUCGGAUGAACUACCUUGGAGACUGGGGCAUGCAGUUUGGCUUGCUCGGAGCUGGGUUUGGCCAAUUUGGAUGUCAGGAGAAACUGAAACAGAAUCCCUUACAGCAUUUAUUUGAGGUUUAUGUUCAAGUGAACAAGGAAGCAGAGCACAAUGAGGAUUUAAAGCAGGCGGCCAGAAACUUCUUUAGACAGCUGGAGCAGCAUGAGAGUGAGGCUGUGUCGUUAUGGCAACAGUUCAGAGAGAUCACAGUGGACGAGUAUCAACACAUUUACAAGCGGCUAGGGGUCCACUUUGACAUUUACUCUGGGGAGUCCUUUCACCAAGAUCAAGCCCAGGAGGUGGUGCAGCAGCUGCAGAGCCGAGGCCUGCUGAAAACCUCUGAGAAAGGAACAGGUGUAGUGGAUCUCUCCUCCACUGGAGACAUGAGCAGUGUUUGUACAGUGCUCCGCAGUGACGGCACAACUCUCUACAUCACCAGAGAUCUCGCUGCAGCCAUCGACCGAACAGAAAAAUACUGUUUUGAUGAGAUGAUUUAUGUGACAGAUAAAAGUCAAGCGAAUCACUUCCACCAGUUGUUCCAGAUCCUGCUCGCUAUGGGACAUUCUUGGGCUGACAGGUGUCGACACGUGCCGUUCGGCCUGGUGCGGGGCAUGAAGACCCGGAGUGGUGAGGUGGUGUUUCUGGAGGACGUGCUGGACGAAGCCCGGGACAGGAUGCUACACAACAUGAACCAGGCAAAAACAACAAAGGAAAUGGACGACCCAAAGGACACAGCGGAGAAAGUGGGAAUCAGUGCACUAAUAGUUCAGGACUUUAAAGGUCCGCUGCAGUCCGACUAUACGUUUGACUGGGACAGGAUGCUGCAGGCUCAGGGAGACACAGGUGUCUUCCUUCAGUACACACACGCUCGCCUCUGCAGUUUAAUACGGAAGAAUGAAGGUGUAGAGGCAGCUUUAUUCGACCCAUCCCUUCUACUUGAGCAGACAAGUAUAAAUAUCCUUCAGCACCUCCUUCGUUAUGAUGAGGUGUUGCAUCAGUCGGCCCAGGAUCUGCAACCCAAACACCUUGUCAACUUUUUAUUGAAGCUAUGCCACCUGAUCGCCUCAGCACACAGAGAGCUGCCGGUAAAAGGAAGCUCCCAGGAUGUUGCACAGGCAAGGUUACGACUCUUCAGCGGAGCCUGUUCGGUCCUGGCCAACGGGAUGAGAAUCCUGGGCGUCACACCGGUUGAGAAAAUGUGAAACUUAGUUUGGUAUUACUUAAUCUGCUGUAGAAACGACACUGACGCUGCUACAAUCUGUACUGUAAAUAAAAGGCCUUAUAAUUUCAAAAUAAAAUCAUUAAUUGAAUAA